AUGAAGAGACAGAACUUGAGGACCCUCAUCCUCAUCAUCUGCACCUUGUUCUACCUGCUCCUUGGAGCUGCUGUCUUCGACGCCUUGGAGUCCAAACUGGAGACGAAGCAGAGACGAAAACUACGUGAGAAGAAAGCAGAGAUGAUGGAUAAGUACAACCUGACAGAAGUUAACUUUGAUGAGCUGGAGUGGGUGCUCCUGCAGCUUGAACCCCACAAAGCUGGACUUCAGUGGAAAUUUGCAGGAUCCUUUUAUUUUGCCAUCACUGUCAUAACAACCAUAGGGUAUGGACAUGCAGCCCCGAGCACCGACGCGGGAAAGGUCUUCUGCAUGUUCUACGCUGUCCUGGGCAUCCCCCUCACCCUGGUCAUGUUUCAGAGCCUGGGCGAGCGCAUAAACACGUUUGUCAGGUACCUGCUGCACAAAGUGAAGAAAAGUCUGGGUCUGCAGAAGACAGAGGUCUCGCUGGCCAACAUGGUGACCGUUGGAUUCCUAUCCUGCGUCAGUACGCUGGGCGUGGGGGCCGCGGCCUUCUCUCGUUACGAGGACUGGAGCUACUUCCAGGCCUACUACUACUGCUUCAUCACGCUCACCACCAUUGGGUUCGGGGACUACGUGGCACUGCAGAAGGACCACGCCCUGCAGAACAACCCGGAGUAUGUAGCCUUCAGCUUCUUCUACAUGCUCAUAGGUCUGACAGUCAUCGGAGCCUUCCUCAACCUGGUGGUGUUGCGCUUCAUGACUCUGAACACUGGGCAGGAGAGGCAGAGCAACUCAGAGCAACAGGCUCUGUUUUCCCACAAUGCUUGCUGCGGCGGCCGCACCCUCUCACCCGGCCCAGGAGGCCACGUGGGACGGGGUCUGUUCUGCAUUUACACCGCCGUGCUGGGCGUUCAAUCCGUGUGCUCCUGUUUGUGGUACAAGAGCAGGGAGAUGGUACCUUACACCAGCCCCCAGGCAUGUCCCUUUGAGUCGACGUCAAACCUCUGCGUGGAGCAGGAGGAGGCCUCCCCACAGAGGGACCGUAAGCGUAGAUCCAACAAGUACCAGUGCAGUCUACAGCAGGAGAGGUCAGCCAUCAGGUCCACCAUCUCUCAUAGCCCAUCUACAUACAGGGUGCGGCUGGGGAGACGCAGGUCCAUCUAG